AUGAUAGAAGAUCAGAUGAUGGAGGAGCUUGCAACUGCUUUACAGGCAAUGCAUCUCCUCGUCGAGAAUGCUCAACACAAACAGUGUCAGGGUUUGGAAGACGAGCAGGAAAGUCUGAAUGUCGUAGGCGAAUUGGAGGAAGAGGUGCAGAGGUCGGAACUGGAGACUAGGGUGGUGUAUCAGAGACGGGAGGCACGAACAAAGAAGAGGUAUGAUCUGGGGCGAGAGGAGCGUCCUCGGGAGGAGGAAGAUCAUGAGAGGGAGGAAGAGAGGAAGAUGGAGCGCGAAAAGGAGGAGAAGCGGCAGGAGGAAGAGCGGAAGAGGGAGGAUGAGAGGAAUUCGGAGCGCGAAAAGCUGGAGAAGUGGCAGAGGGAGGAGGAAGAGCGGAAGGAGGAGGAGAAGAAGGUGGAGCGCGAAAAGGAGGAGAAGCGACAGCGCGAGGAAGAAGAGCAGAAGAGGGAGGAGGAAAAGAAGGUGGAGCGCGAAAAGGAGGAGAAGCGGCAGAGGGAGGAGAAAGAGCGGCUGAGGGAGGAUGAGAGAAAGGCGGAGUGCGAAAAGAAGGAGACGCGGCGGAGGGAGGACAAAGAGCGGAAGGAGGAGGAAAAGAAGGUGAAGCGCGAAAAGGAGGAGAAGCGACAGCGGGAGGAGGAAGAGCAGAAAAGGGAGGAGGAAAAAAAGGUGGAGCGAGAAAAGGAGGAGAAGCGGCAAAGGGAGGAGGAAGCGCGGAAGAGGGAGGAGGAACAGGUUGAGCGCGAAAAAGAGGAGACUCGGGAGGAGGAAGAGCGAAAGGAGGAGGAAAAGAAGGUGGAGCGCGAAAAGGAGGAGAAGCGGCAGUGGGAGGAGGAAGAGCAGAAAAUGGAGGAGGAAAAAAAGGGGGAGUGCGAAAAGGAGGAGAAGUGGCAGAGGGAGGAGGAAGCGCGGAAGAGGGAGGAGGAACAGGUUGAGCGCGAAAAAGAGGAGACUCGGCAGAUGGAGGAGAAAGAGCGGCAGAGGGAGGAUGAGAGAAAGGCGGAGCGCGAAAAUGAGAAGCAGCGGAGGGAGGAGGAAGAGCGGAAGGAGGAGGAAAAGAAGGUGGAGCGCGAAAAGGAGGAGAAGCGGCAGCGGGAGGCAGAAGAGCAAAAAAGGGAGGAGGAAAAAAAGGUGGAGCACGAAAAGGAGGAGAAGCGGCAGAGGGAGGAGGAAGGGCGGAAGAGGGAGGAGGAACAGGUUGAGCGCGAAAAAGAGGAGACUCGGCAGAGGGAGGAGAAAGAGUGGCAGAGGGAGGAUGAAGAGUAA